AUGUCCUUCUCCACACUAUACAGAGUUCUUUUCAAAAGAAAUUCGGUCUUCGUUGGUACCGUUUUAGCAUCUGCAUUUGUUUUCCAAGCUUCGUUUGAUAGUGCUGUCACCAAAUGGUAUGAAACCCACAAUAAGGGUAAAUUGUGGAAGGACGUCAAACUACAGUUACAAGAAGGCGGUGAUGACGAAGAUGAAGAUGAAGAUGACGAAUAA